AUGACUGCAAUACAUGUUGCAGAUCAUACCAACUCUCAUGCACUAAAUGCAACACAUGAAGUAAAUUAUAUCAGUUCACACAAGUACUAUGUUAGUUCUGAUAGCACAUGCCCCGCAUCAAAAUUACUCACAAUGAUAUCCUCAUGGUUAGACGAAGCAAUUGAAGAAGCUGAAACCAGAUCUUUAUCCCCCUUGACUAUAAACAAUGAUAUCAGAGAUGUUAACCCAGAAGCCAAAUAA